GGCCUUUUUCGCUUAGGAUUCUCACUAUGGCGCAUCAGACGGCGUCUGCGAGUGCCUCUCCGCUGCCGCCGCCGCCCCAAGUCGCACGCUCGCUGCCAAUGGAGAUCAACUGGAAGGACCUUGACUUUGCGCGCUACACUGUCAUCGGCUCGACGCUCCUGCUCGGAGUCCGCACAUUGGUCUAUCCGCUGGCUCUGGCGAAAACACGGCUCCAAGUCCAGCGGUCGCAUCCCGCGCCAACCGCACCGGGCGCAACCCCGCCCGUCGUCUAUCGAAAUGUCUUCCACGUCUGGUCCGGCAUUGCACGAGCAGAAGGCCUGCGCGGUCUCUAUCGAGGCUUUAUGACCACGGUCGUCGGCAUCACUCCCGCACAAGCCAUCUACCUCACUUCCUAUGAAUAUGUCAAGUCGCACGCUCAAAGGUUUGAGCGCCCAGAGUGGUCGCAGGACAAAAAGACGCUGCACCAAAACUUGAUUGCAGGCUUCUUGUCGUCCGUCUGCUCCCAGGUCAUUAUCGUGCCCAUCGACGUCAUUGUACAGCGCCAAAUGGUCCAAGGGACCCAGAGCGCCGCCGGCACUGCCGUCGAGGCUGCGCGUGGUGGCUACGCCGAGUUUCGACACAUUCUCGCAACCCAGGGCGUUCGGGGUCUGUACCGGGGCCUGCACCUGUCCUUAAUGUUGUAUCCACCGUCCUCGGCCAUCUGGUGGGCCACCUACGGCGCCACCAAGCAAGGGUUGCACGAUCUCAAGGACGCCUGGUUUGGCUCAGACUCUGCCGAUGCUAACGAUAUUGGGCGCCAUGCUCAAGGAUUUGCCAUUCAAACGGUCGCUGGCUUGUUUGCCGGCUUCACCUCGGGAUGUAUCACCACCCCGCUUGACGUGAUUAAAACACGCUACCAGCUGGCGUCGCGAGGAAACGGCGCAGCGCCCACUGUAGCGGGAACAAUCCGGACACUAUUACAGGAGGAUGGCAUGGCCGGCUUCACCAAGGGUAUGACUGCAAGGGUGAUGCACAUGGCCAUUCCUUCCGUUCUGAUGAUUUCCGUCUACGAGCUGACCAAGCGGUUGAGCGUUGUCGAUGCCGCCGUGCAAUAGCGCUUGUGUUUGCUGCAUGGUCGUCGCUUUUGUUUUUUUUUGUUCUCUGUGCACAAUUCCCAUCAUCAUCAUUUAAUACAUUACAGUUUGGUCUU